AUGAAUAACCAGACUGCAGGCCUCAUCUCAUGGGGGAAGGUGGAUAAGAAGCAAGCUGCCUUCAUCCCCAUCCUCAGCUUUUCAGCCCUCAGGACCUUCCCAGGGGGCCCCAGGCCCACCCAUGUAGCUCCCACUCCUGCAGAUAGCCCCAGACAGCAGAGUUUGUGGUUGCAGGAGGCCGUUGUGUUUGAGGACGUGGCCGUGUACUUCACGAGAAUAGAGUGGAGUUGCCUGGCCCCCGACCAGCGGGCACUGUACAGGGACGUGAUGCUGGAGAACUACGGGCACGUGGCCUCACUGGGCUUUGUCGUUGCCAAACCAGCGCUGAUCUCCCUCUUGGAACAAGGGGAGGAGCCAGGGGCUUUGAUUCUGCAGGUGGCUGAGGAGCAAGGGACUGUGGCCAACCUGUGCCCAGAUUCUAGGAUGGAGGCCGGGGUCAAGGAGUCUUCUCCAGGGAGAGUGUCUUCUAAGCAGUUAGGACUGUUGGGCACAGUUUGGGGGCGCCUCCCUGAGGAGAGGAAUGGCCGUCCUAAAGAUGGGUCAGAUAAAGGACAACUCGACCCCCAGGCAGGCGGCCUUGGUGGGGAACUUAGCACGUCCCUGGGGACCCUGGAGGCAAAACAGCCAGGCUUGGGCCCUGCAGAGGCUGCUGGGGACAGAGUGUACAGGUGUGCUUGCGGCAAGGCGUUCAAGUACAACUCGCUGCUGCUCAGGCACCAGGUCAUCCACACGGGGGCCAAGCCCUACCAGUGCACCGAGUGUGGCAAGGCCUUCAAGCAGAGCUCCAUCCUCCUGAGACACCAGCUCAUCCACACUGAGGAGAAACCCUACCAGUGCAGCGAGAAGACCUUCGCCAAGGAGGGUGCCCAGGGACGUGGCGAGCCGGAGGGCAUUGGCGGGAAACCUCGAAGUAACUGCCAUGGAGAGAAGCCGUAUGAAUGUGAGGAAUGUGGGAAAGUCUUCAGGUUGUGCUCGCAGCUUAAUCAGCAUCAGAGAAUCCACACUGGAGAGAAGCCAUUCAAAUGCAUUGAGUGUGGAAAAGCUUUUCGUCUGAGCUCAAAACUUAUUCAGCAUCAAAGAAUUCAUACUGGAGAGAAGCCUUACAGGUGUGAGGAGUGUGGAAAGGCCUUUGGUCAGAGCUCCAGCCUCAUCCACCACCAGAGGGUCCACACGGGAGAGAGGCCCUAUGGCUGUCGGGAGUGUGGGAAGGCCUUCAGCCAACAGUCUCAGCUGGUCAGACACCAGAGGACCCACACUGGAGAGAGGCCCUACCAGUGCCAGGAGUGUGGGAAGGCCUUUAGCCAGAGCUCAACCCUGGCUCAACACCAGCGGAUGCAUGCCGGGGAGAAGCCUCAACUUCCAAGAAGCCCAGGUAGUCCCAGCCACAUUGCCCAUCAGAGAAUUCACACUACAGAGAAACCGUUUAAGUGUGAUGAGUGUGGGAAGGCCUUCAGGUGGGUGUCUCGCCUUAGUCAGCAUCAGCUGACCCACACUGGAGAGAAACCUUAUAAAUGCAACAAGUGUGCAAAAGCCUUUGGUUGUAGCUCACGGCUUAUUCGCCACCAGCGAACUCACACUGGAGAAAAACCAUUCAAGUGUGAUGAGUGUGGGAAAGGCUUUGUCCAGGGCUCACACCUAAUUCAGCACCAGAGAAUUCACACUGGAGAGAAACCCUACGAGUGUAGUGACUGUGGAAAAGCCUUCAGCCAGAGUUCAAGUCUCAUUUACCAUCAGAGAAUCCAUAAGGGAGAGAAGCCCUACGAGUGUGUCGAAUGUGGAAAGGCUUUCAGUAUGAGCACACAGCUCACAAUACAUCAAAGGGUCCACACUGGGGAGAGACCCUAUAAGUGUACUGAAUGUGGGAAGGCCUUCAGUCAAAACUCAACCCUUUUCCAACACCAGAUAAUUCAUGCAGGAGUGAAGCCGUAUGGAUGUAGUGAGUGUGGGAAAGCCUUCAGCCGGAGUUCCUAUCUUAUUGAGCACCAGAGGAUCCACACUCGUGCCCAGUGGUAUCAUGAAUAUGGGAAUACCCUGGAAGCUUCUACCCAUAACCAGGAGGGUCUGCGAGCUGCAUGUGAGCCCAUUGCCCUUUCCCGGAUGCUGGUGGAGGUGGAGACAGACUGCUGA